GUGGUGAUAAAACGGCGGCACGGUCACUGGCAAGUACGACCGCGAAAGAUUGUCUUUACGUUUUACUGCAACUUGCUCAAUCUAUAACGAGUGUAACGAGUAGAUGAAAAUAUGAGGAUAUUUGGGGCUUUCUGUGUUGUGGCCUUGAUUGCAAUUAUUGAUCGAACGAACGGAGAUUGUUCCAACACAGAUCAACGUCAGGCAUGUUCUAGUGGCGGUAACCUCGCUCAAGCUGAAUGCAGACAAGCCGGUUGCUGCUUUGAAGGCAGCAGACCGCCAAACUGUUUCUUAAACAUCACGCUUAUCGCUGCCAUACAAGCCGUCGAAGUAUUACAAGCAUUGCCGACCGUAACACCGCCAGACGAUGUUGAACCGGUCAAACGAGUGGCGUCGACAGUCGGAGCGAGAUUGGACGAUAGGACGGCCAGUUCUGAGAUCGAACAACGAGCCCUCGGAUUCGGAACGAACAGUCUUCUUGGAUUGACUCUUAACUUCCCUGUGUGUCCAGUAAACGUUCCUAUCUGCCAAAGAGCGAGGUGCAACCCCACGAACCCCCUUGCUGAAACGAACCCUCUUAUUUGUUACGAGGACCCUAGAUGCUGCUUCGAUAAAGACCUUUACGUCCACAAAGCCAUAUUCGGCGCCGGGUAUAUGUCGAAUGCUCCCGUGUGUUUCUACGGGCCUACAUCAUCCAGAUACGUUGACAUCGCGCGGUUGAUCACACCGUGGAAUCCCUUCUUCCAGGAGGCGGUAAUUAAAAUUUACGAUUCCGCGUUCAACAACGUGCUCAACUACCAACAAAUAGCGCUGUGUGCCCUCACAAAUGCAGUUAGUUUGUUAGCCAAACAAUGCGGAUGGCAAGGAAUCACAAAGAAAGAAUGUCAGCUGAUGGGUUGUUGCUACUCUGAUUCCAACAGUUUCUGUGCUUAUCCCUCCGACCAAACAUUAGGAUUACUUCCUUCGUUUCCCACGGGCGCUGGAUUUGCUUCCCAGGAAUAUUAUCCAGAACUUGAGAGGCCUCAAAACCCACUUACGUGCGAAGCGAAUAAUGGUGGAAUUGGCGGAAUUGGCGGCAUAGGUGGAAUUGGUGGAAUUGGCGGCAUUGGUGGAAUUGGAGGCAUAGGUGGAAUUGGAGGCAUUGGUGGAAUUGGUGGAAUUGGGGGCAUUGGUGGGGGUAAUUUCAUUAACCCGACAACCCCCAGCAUGUUCGAUCGUCUUCCAUGCAAAUCCACAACAACAGGAACAGAUGCCAUCUUUAACACCUUACUUACUUGUCCAACUGUUGGGUGUUGCACCAAUAAUUAUGCGCUGAUAUCAACCAUUGGAAACUUCAGUCUUUUCGGUUACACUGCCUUUGGAUUCUGCCCUUACUUCUAUUUUCCAAUCACGGGACUCCCUGAUCUUACAUCAAAACUUACGAACUGCUGUAACCUUCAUGCUUGCUACCAUCCAAGGAGUUCUGGUCGUGGUAGUAACGGCGGUGGCUUCUACGCCUCAUGGGGCGUGUGGGGAGCCUAUGGUGCAUGUAGUGGUGCUUGUGGGAGUACUGGCCAGCAAAUCCGAAGCAGAAGUUGCACCAGGAAUGGACAAUCCGCUGCUGGCCAAUGUCAAGGUGCGGCUACGAGUUCAAGACCAUGCACGGCGCCGACUUGUUCGAAUUGGGGGCUGUGGGGAGGAUUUGGUGCAUGCCAAGGCUCAUGCGGACAACUUGGAACGCAAUAUAGAAGAAGAGUAUGUCGGGGUUACAACAAUCAGCCCUCAAAUACUUGCCCAGGGGCAUCACAAAGCAGUAGAAGAUGUACCGUUCCUUCGUGUUCAAAUUGGCAGGCAUGGGGAGCAUUCGGCCCUUGUGACGGACAGUGUGGACAGCUCGGAACACAAGUAAGGCAAAGGUCCUGCGUAGAUAGAUUCAACAGGCCAUCGCAAACCUGUAUUGGAAGUGCAACUAGUUCCCGUCGUUGUCAAUUGCCAGCGUGUGCUACCUGGGGUAUUUGGGGUGCGUAUGGAAACUGCCAGGCAUCGUGUGGCGCGAUUGGGACUCAAACACGAUUCAGAACCUGCACUGGUGUAACCGGGGCACCUUCCAACCAAUGCGGUGGGUCAGCAAGUCAAAACAGGAACUGCAGAGCUCCGUCUUGCCCUGCGGUGUGGGGUAACUGGAGGUCUUGGGGUGGUUGCCAAUUAGACUGCACUAGAACAAGACAACGAAGCUGUACUGUUGGUGGGAGACCAACUACCUCAAAUCGGUGCUCAGGUUCAGAUAGCGAGAGAAGAACCUGUCCAGGUGAUUGCUUGAGCCAGGAGCCACCUAACGGUCAACCCUGGGUGAGCUGGGGGUCGUACAGCGGGUACGGACUUUGUACAGGCACAGGUACAUGUGGUGUUGGUUCUCAAACCAGAUACAGAAGAUGUUUCUACCUUGGAAGACCCGACUCCCGGAUCGGCAACGAUUACUGUACAUUCACAUACCCGCAAACUCAAGCAAGCGAAAGUCGAUCUUGUAAUAGGAAUCCAUGCCCUACCCAAUCUACCUACACGUGGACAAUCUGGUCGUCUUUUUCACAAUGUAACUCACCGCCUGGUAGCUGCCAAGGAAUGCAAACCUCAUCAAGGACAUGCAUUAAUCCAGUUACUCAACAACAGGUUGGAUCGGUACAUUGCCGACCAGGAGUGGAUACCAGAACCCAAAGUUGCAACUCGUGUUCAACAGGAUCCCAACCUCCAACAUAUGGCCAAUGGUCAAACUGGGGAAAUUGUGGAGUCUCAUGCACGAGGACAAGAGCGAGAUGCCGAACCGGAAGCAAUUGUCGCUUGGCUUCUGAUUGGGACGUUGACAGCGAGUCGUGCAACUGCAACCUACAACAGUGUAUCGGCCGUUGCUAAUCUAGAUGCUAACCCUUUCAUAAACCCUUCUUGAAACUAGAAACAUUCCGUCAAAAGAAGUUUCUAACGUUUUUUUUCCAAGAACAAGCUCUAUAUGAAGAGUUUUUUGAAUAAAAUAAAGAUAUCUUUGUUAUAUUUUCUCUAACGAAUUAUGUACAUGUUGUGACAUCAGCAUUUGACGUAAUAAACAAUAUUCAAUACCGUGG